CGGCCGGCGGGCCGGGUGACGAGAAACUACGCGGUAAAACUACGACUCCCAGAAGGCCUCUGGCUGCGCGUCGUCCGCGCGUGCGCAUGCCGACAGCCGGCCUUAGGGGAGGCGAGCGCUGGAAGAUUUAACCUCGGAGCCACUCUGGUGGGCGGCACGUGCGGGUGCCGUUCCCGUGUAGGUCACUCCAUGCCCAGCAGCCUCCACCUGCCCAGUGACCAUGAUAGUGUUUGUCAGGUUCAACUCCAGCCAUGGUUUCCCAGUGGAGGUCGAGUCCGACACCAGCAUCUUCCAGCUCAAGGAGGUGGUUGCUAAGCGACAGGGGGUUCCAGCUGACCAGUUGCGUGUGAUUUUCGCUGGGAAGGAGCUUCGGAAUGGCUUGACGGUGCAGAGCUGUGACCUGGAUCAGCAGAGUAUCGUCCACGUGGUGCUGAGACCCUGGAGGGAAGACCAAGGAGGGGCGGCCACUGGACAGGAAGGCCCACAAAACGCCACGGUGGGCUCGGAGAGAGAGCCUGAGAGCUUGACGCGCGUGGACCUCAGCAGCUCCGUCCUCCCGUCCCACUCGGGGGGUCUGGCCGUGAUCCUGAACAGUGACGAUGCCAGGACCCUGCCAGUCGGAAGGCCAGCAGGUAGACAAACCUACAACAGCUUUUAUGUCUAUUGCAAAGGCCCCUGUCGGAGAGUACAGCCGGGAAAACUCCGGGUACAGUGCAGCACCUGCCAACAGGCGACGCUCACCUUGGCCCAGGGUCCGUCUUGCUGGGAUGAUGUCUUAAUCCCAAACCGGAUGACCGGCAAAUGCCAGUCUGCACACUGCUCUGGAACUACAGCUGAAUUUUUCUUUAAAUGUGGAGCGCACCCGACCUCCGACAAGGACACGUCAGUAGCUUUGAACCUGAUCACGACAAACAGUCGAGACAUCACCUGCAUCACCUGUACCGACGUCAGGAGCCCUGUCCUGGUUUUCCAGUGCAACCACCGCCACGUGAUUUGCUUAGAUUGUUUCUACUUAUAUUGUGUGACAAGACUGAAUGACCGGCAGUUCAUCCCUGACCCUCAGCUCGGCUACUCUCUGCCUUGUGUGGCUGGCUGCCCCAACUCCUUGAUUAAAGAGCUCCAUCACUUCAGGAUUCUUGGAGAAGAGCAGUACAACCGGUACCAGCAAUAUGGUGCUGAAGAGUGUGUGCUACAGAUGGGGGGAGUGCUGUGCCCUAGCCCUGGCUGCGGAGCAGGGCUGCUUCCUGAGCCGGGCAUGAGGAAGGUCACUUGUGAAGGGGGCAGUGGUCUGGGCUGUGGGUUCGUCUUCUGCCGGGACUGUAAGGAGGCGUACCAUGAAGGUGAAUGCGGCACCCUCUUUGAAGCCUCAGGAGCAGUUACUCAGGCUUACCGAGUUGACCAGAAGGCCGCGGAGCAAGCUCGGUGGGAAGAGGCCUCCAAAGAAACGAUCAAGAAAACCACCAAGCCCUGUCCCCGCUGCCAUGUGCCCGUUGAGAAAAAUGGUGAGUCUGGGAAGAAGUGAGGGUUGGGGGAGGCUCCUUGGAAAGCGGGAGCCAGCGGUUGUAGCAGUCAGGAACUGUAAGAGGACAUGUAACUGACGAGCUCAGCACCCUGGGAAUUGGGAGCCAUUGGCCAGAACGCCAGUCUCCGCUCUCCCAGGCCAAGUUUUUAAACUGCCUAAGGCUGAGAUCCUCCUCUGUCAAAGAGAGGGGAAAACAGAAGCUGUCUCACACCAGGAGAAUCAUGGGCUGUCGCACACUGCAGAUACACAGCCAAGUGCCUGAUUUAGACAAUCAAUAAACCUAAUUGCCCUUAUUAUUAUUAAUUAUUAAUAAUAUUAGAUACUUUGUAUCUGGUAAGCGGUCCACUAGU